ACUUCACAGCUAGCGGGUGUGGUGAGAAUCUUUACAUGUCCUCCAGUGCAGAUUCCUGGGAUAUGGCAGUCCAGGCCUGGUAUGAUGAAAUCAAAGAUUUUAAGUAUGGAGCUGGAUCAACAAAUGGUGCUGUUGUUGGGCAUUACACCCAGGUUGUGUGGUACAGGUCUAACAAGGUUGGCUGUGCAGUUGCUCAUUGCCCUGGUUCUAAAUAUGAGUAUUUUUGUGUAUGCCAGUACUGCCCUCCAGGAAACAACCAGAAUUUAUUAACCACACCCUACAAAGCUGGUCCAUCAUACGGUGACUGCCCAGGUGCUUGUGAAGAUAAGCUCUGCACAAACCCAUGUUCCUACUCAGACAUGUAUUCCAACUGUCCUGCUCUGAAAGGGACUUUUGGAUGUGGCCACCCAUCGGUUUUGGCUUGGUGCCCUGCUUCAUGCAAGUGUACAAAUGAAAUCAAAUGAACUGCUCCCUUGAACUUUACUUGCAUGUAACAUCAAUACAAUUUAUUGAUUAAACUGUACUGAUACUUUUAACCUAAUGAUCUAGCAAACACUAUAGAUAUAUGCUGUAAGUGUACAUUUCAAUUAAAAUCAUGCAACUAAAAAA